AUGUUUGAUUACUUUUCACGUUCUGAUAUAACACGUAUUCGUUGUCAUGCUGAUUUGCUUCAUCUUAUUGUGUGUAAUGGCCUUGAUCUGUGGAUCGAGAAAAAAGAAACAUCAAAGACUACAACUAAUGAUACAAAUCCAUAUGAUUCUGAACUACGCCUUAGUGAUUCUUUACAAAAAGUUAAUAUAAUUGAUGAUGAUCAAUCGAUGAAUGAAGUACGUAUUAUUGAAAAUGAUGGUGAAUUUACUGAAAUAAAUGAUGAAAAUGGAGAUUCGGUAAUCGUUCUUUAA